GAGGCCCCGGCUCCGCCCCGGGCCUGCCCAGGGGGAAAGCGGAGCGGCCGCAGCCGGGUCGGGUCGGGGCCCCUCCCGGGAGAAGCGUGGAGCGGCGGCGGCAGCGGCAGCGGCAGUAGAAAUGAUGGAAGAAUUGCAUAGCCUGGACCCACGACGGCAGGAAUUAUUAGAGGCCAGGUUUACUGGAGUUGGUGUUAGUAAGGGGCCACUCAAUAGUGAGUCUUCCAACCAGAGCUUAUGCAGCGUGGGGUCCUUGAGUGAUAAAGAAGUAGAGACUCCUGAAAAAAAGCAGAAUGACCAGCGAAAUCGGAAAAGAAAAGCUGAACCAUAUGAAACUAGCCAAGGGAAAGGCACUCCUAGGGGACAUAAAAUUAGUGAUUACUUUGAGUUUGCUGGGGGAAGCGGGCCAGGAACCAGCCCUGGCAGAAGUGUUCCACCAGUUGCACGAUCCUCACCGCAACAUUCCUUAUCCAAUCCCUUACCGCGGCGAGUAGAGCAGCCCCUCUAUGGUUUAGAUGGCAGUGCUGCAAAGGAGGCACCAGAGGAACAAUCUGCUCUGCCAACCCUCAUGUCAGUGAUGCUAGCAAAACCUCGGCUUGACACAGAACAGUUAGCACAAAGGGGUGCUGGCCUCUGCUUUACUUUCGUUUCAGCUCAGCAAAACAGUCCCUCUUCCACAGGAUCUGGCAACACAGAGCAUUCCUGCAGCUCCCAAAAACAGAUCUCCAUCCAGCACAGACAGACCCAGUCUGACCUCACAAUAGAAAAAAUAUCUGCACUAGAAAAUAGUAAGAAUUCUGACUUAGAGAAGAAAGAAGGAAGAAUAGAUGAUUUAUUAAGA